AUGGACCGAAAAGGCACCAGUGAGCGAUCGAUAUGCGGACUGAAAAGAUGGCUCAAUCCAGGAGUACGCACUAUGGUAAGCGCGGAGGAUCGAUUAAUAAGUGGAUGGACCUUGUACCAGAGUUUUCUCUUAGGAUUUGCCCUAUGUCUGGUGGUUUCCCUCUGCGUGGGAUCUCUGAAUGCGGCGUGUUGCAAGGACGGCGAAACGAAAGCCGAUGAGGAUGACUGCACUAAGUAUCUAACCUGCUGUCACGGUGAAUUCGUGUCCAAGUCCUGUGAAAGCGGGGAAUAUUGGGACUCAUAUUGGGAACUCUGCGUGGAGGAUAAUGGCGAGUGCAAGCCGCCAACCUGUGAGGAUGGCAAAAUCGAGGCGAAUCCAGAUGAUUGUGCAGGGUAUUUGGAGUGCGUGAACGGAGAUGUUGUGAUCCUUACCUGCCCGGAGGGAGACUACUUCAAUGUGACCCAGAAGAAGUGCCUUCCCGACACCUGUGGAGUUUGCGUAAAUUGCACCGAGGGAAGCAAGAAGCCCGACCUCGACGACUGCGCAAAGUUCCAGAUAUGCGUCAACGGAAAGUACGUGUCCCAAUCUUGCAGGACCGGAUAUUACUGGAACUCGAAGAAACAGGAGUGUGAAUUGGACGAAGGCCAAUGCAAUGGGACUCCGCCUUGCAAAGAUGGAGAGCUUGAGGAGGACCCCACAGAUUGCGCAGGUUAUCUGUCAUGUUUGAAUGGAAGCUUGGUGAGCAAGCAGUGCCCCGAAGGAGCUUACUUCAAUACCGUGUAUAACGCCUGCGUUGUCGACACUGAUGGAAUUUGCGUAAACUGUACCGAGGGAGCUAAAGAGCCCGUGGAGGACUGUACCCAGUACAAAGUUUGCACAGAUGGCAAGUUUGUGACCAAGUCCUGUCAAAGCGGAUAUUACUGGAACAAGAACGCAUCAGCCUGUGAAAAGGAUAAUGGGGAGUGCAAUGGCAAUGGAACAUCGUGUACUGAAGGUGUAAUUAAGGUGGACCCCACUGAUUGCGCAGGUUAUCUGUCAUGUUUGAAUGGUAACUGGGUGGGCAAGCAGUGCCCCGAAGGAGCUUACUUCAAUACCGCGUAUAACAUCUGUACUGUCGACACUAAUGGAACUUGCGUAAACUGUACCGAAGGAGCUAAAGAGCCCGUGGAUGACUGUACUCAGUACAAAAUUUGCACAGAUGGCAAGUUUGUGACCAAGUCCUGUCAAAGCGGAUAUUACUGGAACAAGAACGCAUCAGCCUGUGAAAAGGAUAAUGGGGAGUGCAAUGGCAAUGGAACAUCGUGUACUGAAGGUGUAAUUAAGGUGGACCCCACUGAUUGCGCAGGUUAUCUGUCAUGUUUGAAUGGUAACUGGGUGGGCAAGCAGUGCCCCGAAGGAGCUUACUUCAAUACCGCGUAUAACAUCUGUACUGUCGACACUAAUGGAACUUGCGUAAACUGUACCGAGGGAGCUAAAGAGCCCGUGGAUGACUGUACUCAGUACAAAAUUUGCACAGAUGGCAAGUUUGUGACCAAGUCCUGUCAAAGCGGAUAUUACUGGAACAAGAACGCAUCAGCCUGUGAAAAGGAUAAUGGGGAGUGCAAUGGCAAUGGAACAUCAUGUACUGAAGGUGUACUUAAGGUGGACCCCACUGAUUGCGCAGGUUAUCUGUCAUGUUUGAAUGGUAACUGGGUGGGCAAGCAGUGCCCCGAAGGAGCUUACUUCAAUACCGCGUAUAACAUCUGUACUGUCGACACUAAUGGAACCUGCGUAAACUGUACCGAGGGAGCUAAAGAGCCCGUGGACGACUGUACUCAGUACAAAAUUUGCACAGAUGGCAAGUUUGUGACCAAGUCCUGCCAAAGCGGAUAUUACUGGAACAAGAACGCAUCAGCCUGUGAAAAGGAUAAUGGGGAGUGCAAUGGCAACUCAACGUGCACCGAGAACGAAGUUGAGAAAAAUCCUGCUGAUUGCGCAGGAUACCUGCAGUGCAUAAAUGGCGCCUAUGUUGCGAGGAAGUGCUCCGCCACGCAGUUCUUCAAUGCCACACUGAAGGAGUGUGUCGUCGACAAGGACAACGUGUGCAUCCCCAAGACCUGCGAUCCUGAUUGCUGCGAUGUACCUAACAACUCCAUCUGGUCUGUCCAGAACAAUUGCUCAGCUUUCUACCAGUGUGUGGAUGGCAACAAAUAUGAGCAGAGAUGCUCCAACAAUUUGCAAUAUAACAACAAAACGGAGCAGUGCGAUUAUCCCGAAAAUGUUGACUGCGACGAUGGAUCUGCCCCGCCAAGUGGUCCGACUGCCGGACCUUCGGGAACCUAUUGCGAGAGCCACGGACAAUGCGUUGGUCAGAAAGAUGGAACCCUGUUCCCCGCAGUCAAAGGCAACUGCAGUUCCGCAUAUGUCAUCUGCCAGUGCGAGUGUGAGGUCAACCUCAGCUGUUCCUCUGGACUGCUGUACAAUACGGAGGUCGAAUCUUGCGAUUGGCCCUAUAAUGUUAAAUGCUCACAUCGCGAGGAGGCGGUGUUGAAAUGCAAACCAGUGGGGCAGUCCAUCACCAAGAACACCAUGUUGCUGCACAUCAUAAACUUGCCACAAUCACUCCGAUGGGCUACGAAGUGUUCUGUGUUACUAUUAAUUACUUGGCUUUUGGGAACCCCAAUCUGUGAAGGAAGUGUGGAUUCCCCAUCGAGUCGUGGGCUCCAUUAUAUUGGAUGGAAUACUGUUAACCAAGAGUGCCUAACAUCUUCAGAAACCGAUACCUCCUUUUGCCAAUCCUUAUCGAAUGGAUUUUAUAAGUAUCCCUAUGACUGCAGCGCUUAUGUAUCAUGCAAUAAUUCAUGCGCUGAUUUAGAGUACUGCCCCGGUGGUAAACUUUUCAACAGUCCUCUCGAUAUUUGCGAUACACCCGAAGCUGUCGUCUGCGAUCCAUUGCCAUAUCCAACACCUCCAACUACCGAAUUACCACCGAAUAAUCCUUGUGAGGAUAUACAAAACAACACUUUACUGCCCUCGGCUGAAAAUUGUAAUGAGUUCUUCGUGUGCGUAAAUCAGCGAACUGAGCUUUACCACUGUCCCGCCGAUAUGCUUUUCAAUCCCGAUUGGAAAAUUUGUGAUGAUAAGGAUAAUGUGCGUUGCUAUAGCGACCUUACUACCCAAGAUCCGUUGGAUCCAACACCGACUACCGAGGCGUCUUUUACGAAGUGCGAGGGUCAAAAAAUAGGAACUUCCUUUCCGGAUACUCAAAACUGCCAGCAAUACUAUUACUGCUGGGGUAACAACUCUUAUAUUAUCUUACCCUGCCCCGUUGACAAUUGGUUUAAUCCAAUGAGCGGUAAUUGCGGUCCCAAUAUUUCACCAGAAGCUUGCCGGGCUGUUCUAACAACCACAACUCCUAUUAUUACGACAUCACCUUCAACUACAGUUGCGCCGACAUCAAAGGAAGAUAAUGAGAAAAAUCCCUGUGAGGAUCAAGAACUCGGUACCAGCUUCCCAUUAAAGUCCGACUGCCAGUCGUACCUUUUGUGCCUCAAUAAUGGCCAAUCGACGACUGCAAGGUGUCCAACAAAUGCCUGGUUCGAUCCAAAAACGGGGGAUUGUGGUCCAAAUGUUUCUCCCACCGCUUGUCUUGAGUCCUUAGCAACUACCACGCAUGCUCCUACAACCGAGGAUUCGAAUGAUCCUUGUGCGGAUAAGGAAUUGGGAGUCUCAUACCCCCUGGUGACAAACUGCCAGCAAUAUAUUCUGUGCAUGGGUAAUGGAGAGUCCAACGUGGCCAAUUGCAUUUAUAACGCCUGGUAUGAUCCCAAAACCGGUAAUUGUGGCCCUGAUGUGUCUCCAACAGCAUGUAAGGAAACUGUAGCUUCCACCGAUUCCCCCACAACUCAAGCCACCUCUCCUCUCACAACACCUUCGUCCACCUGGCAUACAACUUUAUCUACGUCUAAUCCUGAAGAAAUAACCACCUUACCUCCGGAUAUUUCAGGUAUCUGCUCUGGACAGCGGGAUGGCUAUUAUGCCAAGUAUCCAGAGGACUGCAGCAAAUACGUAGUGUGUGCAAGUCCAGUUCCUAUAGCAUUUUACUGCCAGGAGGACUUGUUCUUCAACGAGGCUCUUCAGAAAUGCGUAGAAUGGGAAUCGAGUGAUUGUCCAAAUGGAGAGACUACUACUUCAUCGCCGGGAUAUACGACUCCAAGCCCAGAUUCUUCAAUAUGCUUCAAUAACACUGGAAAUAAUUUACCGUACCAAGAGAAUUGUCAAUGGUUUAUAAGCUGCACAGAUGACUCCUCCUACAUGAUGGGUAUCUGUAGCAGUGAGGAGUUUUUUGAUCCGUUAACUAGAGAAUGUGGCCCUAACGUCUCACCGGAAGCCUGUAGGGAAACUUACACCACUUUGGUUACGGAGACCACGGAAUACUUAUCAACGAUGACAACCCAAAGUACCCAAAGUACUCCAGGUCCUAUAACAGAUCCUUGUGAAGGAGCCCCUGAUGGAAAACUAGUUCCCUAUCCUGACGAUUGCACCAAAUUUAUACAAUGUGUGCAACCCAACCCAAUUGUCUAUAACUGUCGCGAAGGUCAGGAGUUCAGUGCCUCUUUAGAAAGAUGUAUGGCCCCGUGGUUUGCAAAUUGUUCUAUUCCAGCUACAACUACCCCUACCAUUCCGAUAACAACAACAACAACCAUAUCACCCUCACCGGACAGCUUCUGUGCGGAUAAAGCUGAGGGAUCAGUGGUCCCCUAUCCCAGAAACUGCAGCAAGUACAUAGUCUGUCAGUAUCCCAUCCCGGUUGGUUACGCUUGUCCCGAGGGCGAGGAUUUCAAUCCUACGGUUUUGACCUGUAUGGAUCCUCAGUUGGCGGGAUGCAAUGCCUUCCGCCUUUUUCCAGUUAAUGUGUCAACAAAAACUGAUUCCCAAGACUCAAGCUCUUCUCUUUGGCAGUCUUUUAAAAUGAUUGCAAGUUUUUUUGUAGAUUUUUAA